UAAAUGUAAUACAGUUUAUACACGUCUUCUUCCCUUUCUCUAUUUCACAAGAAGUUGGAUUUAUUAUUGUCCGAUUUAUAAAAAAAGAAAGAAAAAGAAAACACAGUUUGGGCUCCCAAGAUCUGAAUCAAUCCGACACAGAUAACAAACCGGUGCCGGAACCAAGUUUAUGCGUUUAUUAUAAGGAUAUAAUCAAAUCGUCACCGGAAAGUCGCGAGAAAACAAAAAACAGUGUCAACCUAGCAUUAUCAGCUGAUCCCUUUUCUCAAACAGCGUUUAUUUUCUUUCAAGUUUAUUAAGUGUCUCGCAGUAUCAAUAAAGCAGAAAAUGGAGUAGGCUCUGAUUUGUUGUUACUGGUGCCGAUAGUGACAAACCCCAUCAUCAGUAUACUACCGUGAGUGAUGAGAUGUGUGACUGGUUCGAGAGAAAGAAAUAAGGAGUUUUGUUUAGAGAGAUAGAGAUAGAGAUGAGAACUGAAACCCAGACAUCGUCUGCAUACAAGGAGUAUAUUGCAGGUUUAGCUGGUGGAUUAGCUACAGUUGCUGUUGGUCAUCCCUUUGACACUGUCAAGGUGAAGCUACAAAAACACAAUACUGAAACUCAUGGAAUUAAGUACAAAAAUGCGUUGCAAUGCAGCACCAGAAUUCUGACAAAUGAAGGAGUAAAAGGGCUUUACCGAGGUGCAACAUCUUCUUUUCUCGGUAUGGCAUUUGAAGGUUCGAUAAGUUUUGGUCUUUAUUCUCAACUAAAGCAAUCACUUCAGGGAGAAUUAAAUAGCAGUAAACCACAACUCCAGGCCAUCAUUCCUGCUGCUGCUAGUGUUGGAUCUAUAAUCAGUUUUAUACUCUGCCCAUCGGAAUUAGUAAAAUGUAGAAUGCAAGUUCAAGGGACUGACUCGCUGAUCUCGAGGAAUGAUAGAUAUAGCAGUACCCUUGAUUGUGUUUCUAAGACCUUUAAGAAUGAGGGGGUUAAAGGUAUAUUUCGUGGAGGUUCUGCAACUUUUUUGAGGGAGUCUGUGGGGAACUCUGUUUUCUUUAGCUGUUACGAGUAUAGCCGUCACUACAUGCGGUUGCAACUGGAUUCUUCCUUGUCUGGACACCGUGAUCAACAGUUGAAAGUGUUGACGGAUGUCGGGGUUGGUAUUGUUAGUGGAGGGCUCGCUGGUGUAGCUUUUUGGUUGACCAUUUUGCCAGUGGAUGUGGCAAAAACUGUGAUUCAAACCGCGCCAAAUACAAAAUCUAGCCGGAAUCCCUUUCAGAUACUUGGCUCGAUAUACAGAAAAACUGGAUUUAGAGGAUGUUAUGCAGGAUUGGGUCCUACACUAGCAAGAGCAUUUCCAGCAAAUGCAGCAGCAAUUGUUAGCUGGGAGCUUACUGCAAAACUUCUAGGGAUCAGGCCUGAUCGUGAUUGAGUAAUUUUAUUUUUAUUUUUGAUAGUAAUUUUUGGGAUCACUUGCUCAUUCCUUAGGCAUCUAUUUGGUUGUCAGCUAAUAUAACCUUGGCUCAUGUAUGAUCCCUGGUCUCAACUUUGUGUAAUUGAUGAGCCAUUUUUUGAUGUCAAACCUCACUCGGUAAUAAGAAUUCAGAAGUGGACCCUGCGUAGCAUUUUCCAACUUAAUUUUGAAGUGGCAA